UUUCUUCCCAAAAGAGGACAGUAAGAGAAUCCUUCAGAUCUCCCAAUUCUUCUUCCAUGUCAUAAUAAUCUUCUUCCUCCAUUUUUCUUCAAUCUCAGGUUCUUCCUCAAGCUUUUUUCAUACUAUGAAUUUCAAUGGCCUUCAUCCAUUCCACCUCGCCUGCAUUUUGAUCUACUCUGUUAAUCACUUUGUUUCUUACAUCUCUCACUCUACUGCAGCAAUGAGGUUCCGUUCAUUGCUUGAGUUUCUUCUCUGAAUCGGUUUCCGGCGCGGGAAGAUAGGUGGAGAUGUUUAAGUCGGCGAGAUGGAGGAGUGAGAAGAACAAGGUUAAGGCGGAAUUCAAGUUGCAGUUCUAUGUCACUAAGGUGUCACAGUCAGUGGCGGAUGCAUUGACGUUAUCCGUUGUACCUGGAGAUGUGGGAAAGCCAACUGCAAGAUUGGAUAAAGUUACAGUUCGUGAUGGAAGUUGCAAAUGGGAAACUCCGGUUUAUGAAACGGUCAAGUUCGCACGAGACACAAAAUCUGGGAAGAUCAAUGAGAAAAUCUAUUAUUUCCUCGUAUCGAUGGGACGAGCAAAAUCCAGGGUGUUUGGGGAGGUUUCUAUCAACUUAGCUGAUUAUGCUGAUGCUACAAAAUCUUCUUCUGUUUCUCUUCCCCUAAAGAAUUCAAAUUCUGAUGCGGUUUUACACGUUUUGAUACAGAAGCUGCAGGCUAAAAUUGAACCAAGAGAGGUAGAAGAUUUUGACAAUGUCAGUGUUAGAUCCCAGGAGACAAACUUGAAAUCGUACUUGACCAAUGGUGAAUUAGAUGAGAGCACUAAAAACAAUUGCACGGAAGAUGAACAGAUUGGCAAGAGCCCUCAUGAUUUUGAACUAAAUGGUGACUGUCAAGAAUCAAGUGGAUCUGAUAUUACAUUGUCAAGUUCGGAGAGCAGCUCUGGACUUGAUACUCCACGAGAACAUAGUGCGAGAAACAAUAAUCAUCUUCAACUUGUUACGUUAACAUCACAACCUCACAAACCAGAGGCAUUCCUUUCAACAUCCACUAAUAAUAAGGAGAAUCAUAGAUCACAAUCAAUGUGGACCCUUGGUUCUGAUCACGGAGUAAGCAUAGAUGAAUCUUCAGAUGAUAUGCUUCCUAUAAAAAGGUCUGGACCAGUUACGACGUCUGAAAGAGUUGCAGACAUUGAGAUUGAAAAGCUCAAGGCUGAGCUAGUUGGCUUUUCCAGGCAGGCAGAAGUUUCAGAAUUGGAACUACAGACGCUUCGGAAGCAAAUUGUCAAAGAAAGUAAAAGGGGUCAGGAUUUGUCAAAAGAAAUUGUUAUUUUGAAAGAGGAGAGAGAUUCACUUAGGGCGGAAUAUGAGAAACUCAAGGCCAAAUCGAAAAACAAUGUGGAGUUGGAGGAUAAGAAAAUGGAGGCUCUUCUAGAAGAAAUGAAGGAAGAACUAAACCAAGAAAAGGAAUUAAAUAGCAAUCUUCGACUACAACUUCAGAAGACUCAGAAAUCUAAUGAUGAGUUGAUUCUUGCAAUGCGAGACCUAGAGGAAAUGUUAGAGCAAAAAAAUGGCGACAGACUCAGUCUCUAUGACAGAUCAAGAUUUUUUGAGAAUACUGAAGAGUUCUAUAAGUCCAUCUCGAAGUGUGAAUCUGAGGAUGAUGAGGAGCAGAAGGCAUUGGAAAAGCUGGUUAAGCAGCAUAGUAAUGCAAAUGAAACAUUUCUUCUGGAACAAAAGGUUAUUGACCUAUACAGUGAAGUAGAAUUCUACAAGAGAGAAAAGGAUGAAUUAGAAAUGCAUAUGGAACAACUAGCACUUGACUAUGAAAUACUGAAACAAGAAAAUCAUGGCAUGUCAUAUAAACUGGAGCAAUGUGAACUACAGGAGAAACUUGAAAUGAAAGAAGAGUGCACGCCCUCAGCUACCAUAGUAGAGCUGGAGACGCACAUAGAGCACUUGGAUAGGGAACUUAAGCAGCGGUCCAAGGACUUCUCUGAUUCUUUGACCACCAUAAAAGAGCUUGAAUCCCAUAUCCAGGCCUUGGAAGAAGAGCUGGAGCAGCAAGCUGAAAAAUUCAUAGGUGAUCUAGAAGAUAUGACACGGGCCAAAAUUGAGCAGGAGCAAAGAGCCAUCCUAGCAGAGGAGGACUUGAGAAAGACAAGGUGGAGAAAUGCUAAUACAGCCGAGAGGCUUCAAGAAGAACUGAAGCGGCUUUCGAUGCAGAUAGCCUCGACGUUUAAUGCAAAUGAGAAGGUAGCUGCUAAAGCAGUGGCAGAAUCUAUCGAGCUGCAACUGCAGAAAAUUCAAUUAGAUGAAAAACUUGCGUCUGCUAAUAAAGAGCUCCAAUCAGUUAAGAGGGAGCAUGAGGCUAAGCUCUGUGAACUCACAAAUGUAGUAGAUUUGCAAACAAGUCAGAUAGAACACAUGUUUUUAGAACUUCAUACGAAAUCCAAGCUGCUUGAUCAACAAGAAAAUCAAAAGGAGGUCUGUGAAUCUCUCUCUCGGGAGAUUUUGUUGCUCAAGUAUGAAGUUGAAAGGCUCGCGACAGAGAACAGGUUUCUCAAGGAAAGCGAGAGCUUGAUUCAGAACAAAAACAUGGAAAGAAAUGACCUGGUAACAACCAUUGCUUUGAUUAUGAAAGAAGGUGAAAAGUUUCAGAGCGAGAUAAGUAGAAUCAGGCAUCAGAAGGAUGAGCAUGAGAUAUCAAUGGGAUGUCUGCAAACAGAGUUGGAGGUGCUUAGAGAUCACUACAGUGACUUAAAACAUUCUUUAGUAGAAGGAGAGAUAGAGAAAGAUAAACUCAGACACCAGGUAUUUCAGCUAAAUGAUGACUUAAAGAAGGUGAAAGAAUUCAACGGUGUUGACAUGCUCUGGUAUAGUGAGGAACAAACGUCAGCCUGUGAUGGAACUGAAGCUAUUAACGAAAGUAAUAAGUCCACUCCUUCCGAAAGUAGUUCAAAGGAAGUCGCAGCUCUAAGGGAGAAAAUAGAAUUGCUUGAGAGACAGAUAAGUUUGAAAGAAGACGCCAUUGAAACUAUAGCUAGUAGAAUUUCAGAGAAGGCAGUGGAUUUUCAGCACACGAUUGAAGAGCUAGAGUGCAAAUUGGAAGAAGUUGUUUCUACUAGCUCAUUCCAAGAGGUAAGUAUCUAUCCAAGCAACGUCGAAAGGACCGGUGAUGCACCCAAGGAUACAGUGGUGAACCAAGGCCAAAACCCAAUUUCUUCAUCACCCGUAGAAUAUGGCAAUACGGUGCCGGUUGAAAGGAAUGACAGAAUUUCAGCAGAGAAAGAAUCGAAAGCCUGCAAACUUGACGACAGUGACAACAAUUGCGACAAUUUUUCGACAGAAUUAGCAUUAUUGAUGGAAAAAAACAAAUUAAUGGAGAGUGAACUAAAGGAAAUGCAAGAAAGAUAUUCAGAGAUAAGUCUCAAGUUUGCAGAGGUUGAAGGUGAAAGACAGCAGCUUGUAAUGACUCUACGCAGUCUUAAAAAUUACAAGAAGAUUUAGUAAUUAUUUCUUAGAAUUAUAUAGAAAAAGUAUACACUUGAAGUAGCGUGAAACCACACAUUCUCUUAGAGUGAAUAAAUAAUUUGUUUGUAAAUUAUAUAGCCCCCACCCAAACCAAAAAAAAAAAAAAAAAAAAAAAAAAAAGGAAAAAAAAUGUAAAAGCAAAAAGAAAGCCACAUCUGGCAUCAUCUGUCCGAUUGAGUCAAAUGUUUUUUGGUCCAUUGAACUUCUCUCUAUUUAUUUUUAAAUUAUGUAAUUAUCUUUCAUAGCUUGCCAUGGAA